AUGAUUCGCUGGACCGUAGAUCUCGCGGGGGUUGACGCGGACGCGGAUCUACAACGCGAUGACCGCAUGAAAUCGUACGUGGGUCCUCCUUCCGGGAGGAAGGAAACCUUGAAGCCUGUACUUGUUGCCUUUGCUGACCCCAGUUCACCUGGCCCUGUGGGGAAGGUUGUUACCCUGACAAGGCAGGAGCUCAGUCAGCAAUGGCGGCAGCGUGUGGAGGAGGCGUUGGCAGAAAGCCCGUUUACCCUAGCUGGGAGCAGUAUCUCUCAGCCAAAGUGUGACGCUGAAGUUCCAAAGGGGUCGGAGGUUCGUGUGUUCAGUACGUUUACGAAUGUUCAAGGAAAGCGAACUGUGUGUACAGUUCAGCCACGUCAGGUUCCAUUUCGUGGGGUGGAUGUUGUGAAUGCAUUUCUCCAGCAAAUGGUUGUGUCGGAUGAUCGUUUGUCAGCCCGAUAUUCAUCAAAUCCUCGUCUUUAUAAAUUAUACAUAGCAGACGAUUUCACGGGUGAGGAGGAGAUGGUGAUUCAGUUGGAUGGGGCGGCUCAAAAUUUUACUUGUUUUGCGGUUCAACCACUUCCGGCGGCGAAGCUGUUUUUGUUUCCACAACGAACACAGCUGCUGCCGACUGUGGCGGAGGAUAUUAACUUGGCAGUGGAAAUACGCCCUUUAGACUCACAGGCCAAAACCAUCAAAAGGCAGGUGCUUGUACCUUCGGACAUGCUUGCGGAGAGUCUAGAACAGGCGAUUGUCAGUCGGCUUCCAGGGAGUGGGCUGGUGCAGGGCUCGCUGCGCAUCAAAUAUGGGCCGGUGGAGCUGAACAUCAACGAGUACUACAAUUUUGGGUCAGGCUGCGGUAACAUGGAUGUGCCUAUAGCUGAACGGACUAUUUUGUCCCUCUACCGCUUUGGGGUGAAGGAGGUGCUCCUGCAAGGGCGAAUUCCCGACGAGAACUCCGAACUUUCUUUGGUAGCGGAGGACAUUGUUAUUAACAUGGACGCAGAAGAAGCGCAGACAUUUCAGCAAUUUGAUGUGAUUCGCAUCAAUCGAUAUGGUGCACGGCAACAGCGCAUUCUCUGCAUUGACGGGGAACGGCUGUACACAGUGCGGCCGAACGUGGAUGGCUCAGGGGCUGCCCAGGUGAAUGAGGAGAAACCCAUCAUGGACAUUGAAGAGGUUGUUGUCACCCCAACAAAGUCCAAGUAUUUAGAGAUUCGGUACAACCGCGGCUCAGGCCAUGAGAAUGACCACAUUGAGUGUACCACUGCUUACAACCGUGCCCUGCUGGAAGAGAAGCUACGGGUUCUUCGACGAGAACUACGCAAGAAGAGCGAUGAAGAGCGGCAACUUAAAGGCAACAACACUGUCCUUUCCCGCAUUUUGAACCGACUCCGGUUGGGGUUUCACAAAAACUAA